CGGUGAACUGCGGGCGCUCCGAGGGGCGAUAGGGAAUCACUAAUGAGCGAACUCACCUCAUCAAAGACGCGCUCGAGCUGACUAGAGAGAAUGUGCGCGUGAGAGAGAGAGAGAGAGUGGUGAGUCUCCGUGUCUGCGUGUGGUAUCUGCGCAAGGAAGAGCUCAGCGGCGCUAGGGGACAGAGAGCAAGAGAGGGCGGGAGAGAGCGAGAGAGAGCGAGAGAGAGGCAGACAGAUACGAGACGAGACGCUGACCGCCGCGAAGCCGUGGGGCCCAGCCUGCCUCGAGCCGCGUCUCGAGCCAGUGUAUUGAUACUAUGGGUUGUGUGGUGAACUCCACCGGGACAGAACUGCUCUUGCAACUGGAGGCGCUCAGAUCUGCCGCUACUCAACUUCCCCAACUCUACCAACUCACGGAAAACGAAAAGAUAUAUUAUAAAGCCAUCAGAGAUAUCGAGGUCGGGGAGGAGCUGCUGGUGUAUAUGAAGGACGGCGUUUUUCCGGAAGGAUCCAUGGCCCCGAACCUGGAAGGUGAGGAGAAUACAUACGAGCACAUGUACCGCUGUGAGGAAUGCGACGAGCUGUUCAACUCGGGCGUGGAGCUGCGUCGGCACCAGAAGUACCAGUGCGGCAGCGCCUCGUCUCUCUUCGACACGCUCAGCGGCGACGACUUCAAGCAGGAGAAGGACGACGACGAGACCGUCCACGAGUGCAAGGACUGCGAGAAAGUCUUUCCCAGCGAGUACAGUCUGGGUCAGCAUAUGAUUGUGCACACAGAGGAGAGGGAGUAUAAGUGUGACCAGUGUCCCAAGGCCUUCAACUGGAAGUCCAACCUCAUACGGCACCAGAUGUCACACGACAGUGGCAAGCGCUUCGAAUGUGAAAACUGUGAUAAGAUCCCUAACCGUGCCCUCUCACCUGCGCAGGUGUUCACAGACCCCAGUAACCUGCAGCGCCACAUCCGCUCGCAGCACGUAGGCGCGCGUGCCCACACGUGCCCCGAGUGUGGCAAGACCUUCGCCACGUCGUCGGGCCUCAAGCAGCACAAGCACAUUCACAGCAGUGUCAAACCGUUCAUCUGUAAGUCUCCACCAUCAGCAUCCUCUCUAAGAUAUCAUUUCCCGUGUCCAAAGGCCUCCAGUCUUUCCUCAAACUCCCACGACAGUGACCUCUGUCGUGUUAUAGGUGAAGUGUGUCACAAGUCGUACACGCAGUUCUCCAACCUGUGUCGGCACAAGCGCAUGCACGCCGACUGCCGCACGCAGAUCAAGUGCAAGGACUGCGGCCAGAUGUUCAGCACCACCUCCUCGCUCAACAAGCACCGCCGCUUCUGCGAGGGCAAGAACCACUACACCCCGGGGGGCAUGUUCUCCUCCGGCAUCCCCCUCAGCUCCAGCCCUAUCAUGCCCAAGGCCAAAAUGCACCCGGGCCUCAACCACGCCGGCCUGAACUUCGGAGACUACUUCCCGUCCCGAGCCCACCACGGCGGGCUGUCCUUCUCCCAGACGGCCCCGGCCUUCUCCGCGCUCGCGCACGGCUUCCCGGGCAUCUUCCCGUCGCUGUACCCCCGCCCCCCGCUGCUGCCCCCGAGCUCACUGCUCAAACACAUGGGCGGGCACCACCACGACGGGAAGCUGCCGCGGAGCCCGCUGGACGGCCCCCCGCUCUCGCUGGUCAACUCCCUGAGCAACAGCGCCGGCAACGGCGCCGCCGACAACAACGGGGAGGAGCGUGGCGAGGGCAAACACGAGCUGGCAUUCGAGGCCAAGGGCAAGAGCAAGCUGAGCGACGCGUCGGACGCCAGCGACCUGGAGGACGUGAACACCACCAGCGGCACGGACCUGGACACCACCACGGGCGAGAACACGGCGUCGGGCUCGGAGCUGGACAGCGACGCGGAGGAGAGCGAGCGCGAGCGCGAGAAGAGAGAGCGCCGCAGGCAGCAGCGCCAGCAGCAGCAGCAGGAGGCGGAGCAGAGGGCCGCGGGGGGAGGAGGAGGGGCCAAGCAGGAUGACCUCAGCAACAGCUCAUUGGCUGUGCCUGGCUCCGCCCACCCCAACCCCGGCGCGGAGCGGCCCUUCCUGGCGCAGCAUUCCUUCUUCCCGCCGCCGGACGAGCAGGCUCUGCCCCCGACCGGCGCCACCACCGACUCCAUCAAAGCCAUCGCCUCCAUCGCGGAGAAGUACUUCGGGCCGGGCCUGAUGGGCCUGCAGGAGAAGAAGAUGGGCUCGCUGCCCUACCACUCCAUGUUCCCCUUCCAGUUCCUGCCCAACUUCCCGCACUCGCUCUACCCGUUCACCGACCGCGCGCUCAACCCAAACAUGUUCUUCAAGGCCGAGCCCAAAUCGCCUCGCGAACAGCAACAGCAGCAGCAGCAGCAACAGCAGCAGCAGCAGCAGCAGCAGCAUCUGCAGAAGAUGGGCGGGGCCUCUGGGGCCGGGGGCCCUCCCACCACCCCGGGGGGCGGAGCCGAGUCUCCCUUCGACCUCACGACCAAGCCC